GCUAUUUAUUUUUUUUAACUGCGUGGGCGGCAGGGCCGGGCCUAGUGCAAUUCCACUCUCGACUGGCAUGCAAGCCACCGAAGUAUCCACAGUGGCCUUCGAAGUGGAGGUGGGGUUGCCACCAAGUAUCGCAUCCAGCUCUUUGUAGAACCAGAAGCUCGUGGGCGCAGCACCGGAGCGGCGGUUUGCUUCCUGCGCCUUGUGAUCUUCAUUUAUCAGCAGGAGGAUAAACCCACUUCAAGAGAAAAUGGACUACAAAACGUUACCUUUGGCUGAAUGGAAUGAGUGUCACGUCAGAGCCUGGCUAGCGUCCAUUGGAAUAAAAGAAGAAUAUGUGAAAAAGCUAUGGGAGGAGGAAGUAACAGGUCCAGUGCUUAGAAAAAUAGACGAAUCUUUUCUCAAAAGCAUUGGUAUGAAAAAAGGCCAAAUCCACGUACUUAUAUGUGAAAGAAAUGAACUUUUGGAAUGUUUGAACAAAAAAGCAGGUAUAGGGCAAACAGAUAAUCCCAGCUGUAAGACUCCAGAAAUCUUGAGUGAUACUGGUAGAACAACUAAUGCUCAGGAAAAGAAAGUGAAAAUGAGGAAUUCUAACAUGCCUACAACAGCUAAUGUACCAGCUGAAAAGAGAGAGUGUGGCUUAAAGACCACCCAAAUCAAACGGCCUAAAAGUGUACCAAGUUCUCAAGUAACAUUUCACCAGCAUGCAGCUUCAGAAACAGACAUCUCUGAUCCACUAGAAGAGUCUAGCAGGGAAGACAUGGAAAAAUCAGUGUCUACUCUUGUCAGGACAGAAAAUGGGAAAAGUCAUUCAAUGCAUAAAAAAAGAGUUGAAGCUUUAACUCUGAGCCGAUUUCGACCAUUUGGCACUCAAGAUAUUAAUUUUAAGUAUGUGAAAAACACAGUCCUUUCUCCCGAAACAGGAGUCAUUGAUUUGAUCACCCCUUGCCAUGAAUACAAAUCUUUUGCCAUUGCUGCGGAGCUAGACAGACCACGGCUUGAAGCAAAGUUUGCCUUUGAAGUGAUUCGAUUUGGCUCAGCCUGCAUGAAUAUCCGAAGUAAUGGAACGAUACACUUUGGUGUCAUGGACAGGUUUGAAGGUGACAAGGAUUAUGAACAUGGGCAGAUAAUAGGUGUGCCAGUCACAAACAGAGACAUCUAUGUUGAUGCAUUGGAUAAAAACAUUGCAAAAUGUUUCAAUGCAUCUGAGCAAGAAGCUGCAAGAAUUUGCAUUCGCCCUCCUGUUUUUAUUGAAGUGAUUGAGAAGGACACUCAAGACCAGCGCUUUGUGGUGGAGGUUGACAUUGAACCAUCAUCCAGUACAGUGAAGGGGAAGAUUUUUCAAGUACGCUUACCUAGAUUUAACGAAAACAGCAAUAAGACAAUAUAUGAAAAAAAUCCAGUUCUCUAUCAAAGACUUAAGGCCAAUUCUGAACCUGUAAAGAAUGAAGAACAAGUGGAUUUUAUUAUUCAGGGUAUAAAAGAGAGGGAUGUAAGAAGAGAAAUGGCCGAGUCCUCCAGUAAUGAAGACCUGAUAGAAACUUCCCAAGAUUUAGGGCGUAAGUUAUUAGUUCUAUUAAAUGAUGGAAAGAACUAUAUAGAUGACUAUCUGAGUUACAUCCUUGUCACAAACAGAUGUGGAACGGAAGCUCUUAAGUCUGUCAACUUUUUAAUGCGCAUGAAUAUUUUCUGUGUGUUUGAUUUUGAUGAGGAUUCCAAUGUGUCAGGUUUACAUGCCAAGUACAAAGAGCAUCAUGCAACAAAUUUGCAUUUCUUGCAAAAUUAUGCCAAUGAAAGCAAGAUGAACACCACUGAAUUUAAAAAACAUUUGGGCCUAGAUGAUUACACCAGCUGGAUAUUUUGCAAUGGACGUAGUGACUUCCUUGGGGAUGAAAAACCUUGUGAUGAAAAUACUUGGAUUAGAACGAAAAAGAAGUAUCUUAAGAAAGCCGUUUCUUUUAUCUGUGAUGAAAUCCUUCCAAAGGGAUCUUUUGUGGUACUGUUCCUACUAUCAUCACCUGUGGAGAAGCCAAUUGUAGACACCUUCCAGGAAUUCUAUACAGAAAUGAAUGGUAUGGAUUAUAUCAUAUGCAUUGCAGAGUCCAAAGAAAAUUAUGAGAAGUGGGCUAACCUAGCUCAGGCAUCUUGUAGCAUUGAGACACUAGAACAGAGGAGCAUUGUGGGCAUGAAGCUAAGUCACGUAGAUGCCACUAUUCAAAACAUGAUGCCUUCUACAAUAUGUCCCAGACGUUUACCAGUUUCCACAAGAGGUCUGUGUGUGCUUCCAACACUGGAAGAAGAGAAAAUGUUUUCCCUUGAAAUAUUGUGUACAAAUCAAUGUGAUGAUAUCAAACUGGAUCUUCUGAGCACAAAAGAAAUACAAGAGAUAGAACGAACAUUUUACCAAGGUAGAAAAGUCAGCUGGAAAAAUUUCUGGCUUGCUGAUAAAGGGGGCUGUGGAGAAGUCAUUGAACGUGAUGCCUGCAGAGAUGUUCAUAAAAUCUUAGAUGGCAUUUUGCACGAGAACAGAAUCAGGUGGUCUGUGGCUAAACUAAAAAUAUUUCAUCAACCUGGAAGUGGAGGAAGCACCAUUGCAAGGCAAGUACUAUGGAAAAGAAGAAAGGAUUUAAGAUGUGCUGUGGUCAAUUCCUCAUAUCCAGUUGCAACUGUCUCCCAACAUGCAGUUAAUUUUAGAGAAUAUGAUGAAAAUGACAUGAAGAAUUCUCUCCCAGUCCUCCUCCUUGUUGAAGACUAUGAUGAAGAUUAUCUAGAUGAAUUAAAGAAUGAUUUAAUGGAUGCAAUGACAGCUAGAAGAGGUCAUUCAUCCAAGCCUUGUUUCAUCCUUAUGUGCUGUAAACGAUCUAAUGUCCCUGAAAAGCUUUGCAAAGCUUCUCCUCUCGAUACAGUUGCUGUCACUCACAAACUGUCAGACCAAGAGAAACACCUGUUUAAAACCAAAAUUGAAAAGCUUGAAAAGCAGAAAGACUUCAAGCCUGAAUUUAUAAUUACAUUUGUCCUGAUGAGUAAGGAGUUUAAGGAAACAUAUGUCACAGAGUUUGUAGAGCACUGGAAGGAAGGCAUAGACCUUUCCUCCCCGGUUACUAGUUUGAUGAAGUAUGUUGCUUUGCUCAAUUCCUAUGUACAUGGUUCAUACAUUUCAUUAUCACACUGUGAAGCUUUCUUAGGGCUGGGGGCAUAUACAGAAAAGAGAGAGUAUGAUUUCAAAAACAACUUAAGUGAACAGGCAAGACUUAUUUUCAUUGAAUUAAGAGCAAAUACCACCUAUAUUUCAUGUGUUCAAAUAAUACAUCACCUGGUUGCUAAGGAAAUUCUGCACCAACUCUCAGGAAGUCAGCCUCAAAGUCAAAUUGCAAUGAAUCUUCUCCAGGAAAAAAUGCUUUUUCAGCACAGAUUUGGACGGGAAGAGUUCAUAAAAUUCAUCAGAGAUCUGUUCAUACGACGCGACAAGAAGAGCAGGGGAGACAAUACUGACAGCCUCUUCUCUCCAUUCAUUGAGCAUGUCUGUAAGGUUGAAAACUGUGAAAAAGCUAUAGAGGUUUUAAAAACUGCAUACGAAUGCCUUGGAAAAGAUGCCUACUUUGCCCAGCAGCUUGCUCGAUUGCAUUACAAUCAUGAAAAAUUUGAGGAUGCAGAAUAUUGGGCAGGGGUAGCCAAAUCUCAUUUGCCAUAUGAUUCUUUUAUUUUGGAUACAGAAGGUCAAGUGUACAGGAAAUGGUUUAGUUUUACUGUGGACAAAGAGACAGAUGAAGCCACUCCCAGUGAAGUCAUUGAGAUGAUAGAAAUUGCCCUUAAAGCUAUGAAAUGCUUCAGGGCUGCACAACAGGCGGCAAAGUCAGAGAUCGACAGCAUGAACAAUGCUGGUUAUUUUGGAGAGGUUGAAGUGGGAUGUCGUCUACUAAAAUUUCUGUCUACACUUCAGGUAUUUCCCAGAAACACACAAGGGGAACAUCCUGAGCUUGUGCGUUAUUUGCUAACGGACUACAUUCCUGAGGAAAUUAAAAAACCCUGGGGAAAGCUUCACAGUCGUUUAAAAGGCUUACGCCAGAACAUUUAUAAUGCUCUGGAGUGGAUUUCAGAAGAUCUAAGUUACUUCCAAACAGAUAAAAACCAGAACAAAGAAAAUGAGGCAGAGGAGAAGGAAGAACAAGUUUACAAUCCCAGAAAGUGGUUGAAAAGACAGUCUGAGGUGUAUGCCAAAUUCUUUACCUCAGACUCCCUUACUGUGGUAAUAAAAGGAGGACCUGAAACCCAGCUAGUCAAAAGCAUGAACAUUUAUAAGUAUGGUGGUGGCAGUGUCACUACCAUUCUUUCAUUGUUGUCAGAUUCGAAGGAUGAGAGGUCAGUUAAUAAACUAGAAAAAAUAAUUAGCUUAUACCCUGAAGACCCACAGAAAGGAAGCUUGGAGGACAUUGAUCUCAUCAAUUACAUUUUGUGUCACAUCGCACUAGCAUGUUUAUCUCCUGGAUCUUCCAAACUUCUUCCUUUUCAAACACUUAGGGAACUCAGCAAUAGAUUCUUCAAACAGAGAAGAACAGCAUUUCCAGCAAGUGCCCAUUUUUUGCUCACCUUACUGUACUGGCCAGAUGAUGCAUUAGACAGAGAAUCUAAUCCGGAUAAAAAUGAUAUUCUCAUAGCCGCUCUUCAGUCCAUGAAGCGCUUGUAUGAUGUCAAGAUGAAAAACAUUGCUCCAAGAAAAAAGAGAAUCUACACACAUUUUUUCCUGGGAAAAGGCAACGGUCUAGGAAAGUUUGUGCACAAGACUAGGAUUGAUAAAUUAAUUGAUGGCUCCCUAAAUGAACGACGAAUGAAGUGGCUACAUGGAGAUGUAUGGAAAAUAGGCAAAGUUCAUAGUGUCUUAAAAAGAGUGAAUGGCUGGACAGAAAAGGGAAAAGUAUUUGCACGGGGUCAUGUUGGGCAGAUUCAUAUUUUGCCUUUACAUUUUGAUUCAGUGCCUCCAGGAAAUGAAAAUGUGACAUUUUAUUUAGGAUUUUCAUUUAGUGGGCUUGUUGCCUAUGACAUUCAGGUAAUAAAAUAAAUCAAUCUCCUCCAGAAACUAAGAUACUUCGUGCAUUAAGUUGAAAUUCCCACUGGACUGAAAACAUUGCAAGAUAUUAAAGUUUUUUUCCCUGUUACAUUCUGAAAAGAACAUACAGCAAAAAUAAGUCCACCUGUCCAAAAUGAGUAAUAAAUCUUUUUCUUAGAGCAAGUACAACCAAAACUCUGACAUAGUGUCAUUAGUGUCAACUGCCAUAUGCAAUUUUCAAGUCAUUGUUUUGUAUCUGAAUACUUUGUUUCAAUGUAGCUGUCAUGAUUCAAUUCCCCCUUAGGAAAUUUUUAAGUUAUUGUCUCUUGGAAAGGCCGAAGAAAACUGGAUAUUCAACGUAGAGAGGCUUCAUCCUUUAUUUGUAUAAAACUGAAAUGAUAUGUAAGUUUUCAUAUCAAUAACACAAACUUAGAAACAAAAUAUGACCCAGCACUUAUAAGAAGAAGAGUAGUGAUGGAGCUGCUCCAAGAUCUUGAAUGCUAGGAAAUCCUUUUAAAAUCUGUAAUCAUGGUGACUGAACUAUUUUUGGUCAUAGAAUCAUAGAAGAUUAGGGUUGGAAGAGACUUCAGGAUGACAGCUAGUCCAACCCUCUGCUCAAAGCAAGACCAACACCAACUAAAUCAUCCCAGCCAGGGCUUUGUCAAGCCGGGCCUUAAAAACCUCUAAGGAUGGCAAUUCCACCACCUCCUUAGGUAACCUAUUCCAGUGCUCCGCCACCCUCCUAGUGAAAUAGAUUUUCCUAAUAUCUAACCUAAACCUACCCCACUGCAACUUGAGACCAUUGCUCCUUUUUGUUAUGUCAUCUGCCAUCACUGAGAACAGCCUAGCUCCAUCUUCUUUGGAACCCUCCCUUCAGGUAGUUGAAGGCUGCUAUCAAAUCCCCCCUCACUCUUCUCUUCUGCAGACUAAAUAAGCCCAGUUCCCUCAGCCUCUCCUCAUAACUCAUGGGCUCCAGCCCCCUUUGCUUUUAAAAUUAGUUUGCUUCAUCAGUUGAGAGAGAGCAGCAGAUUAUUAUUGCAGUUGCUUGCUUUCAAAUAUGUGCAGGCACCUGGCUGGAAUAAAUGGAACCUCUUAAUAUGCUUUUUAGAUUGGCUUACAUUUAUAUUAGUUCCUUUCACCCACUAGUAAAAUAAUAUAGUUAUAUUUAAGAGUUUAACAGCAGCAAUGUUCAACAAUAGAUAAAAGAGAAAGUGAAGAAGAAUCCUAUAUCUGAUAUUAACAACUAGUGGAAUUUCAGGAGGCAGACUGAAUGGAACUGGAAUUUGGGUAGCUCUAACAACUCUGUUGUAAACCCCUCUCACUCCCAUGCAGAAUAUCAUGGGAACUGUAAUGGUCAUGUAUAGUCAAGUUUUAUUGUUGGGUUUUUUUGUGGGAUGGGAAAGCCCAAAAGAAAGUAAUUGUUUAUCAAUAUGGAGCCAAAUUCACCACUAGACUGAACAUGUACCAACUUAAGUGACAUCAAUAUUAGUCUUUACUGCAGUAUGUGGACAGCAGAUUCCACAGUAGUUAAUACAGGUAAUUUAUCUUUGUUUUUGACUUAGUAAAUAAAUUAUUGGAAGAUACAAAUGUAGCUGUAAUUAAUUGCAACCUAUAAUUUGGUUUUGAGCUUUUCAGGGAAAGUAAGAGGGAAGAUUAUAUUUUAAGGUGACCCAUAUCAAAUACUUACGUAUAUUACCAUGUAUAGAUAGAUAUAUUAUCAUGCCAUUUAUAGUAUAAGGAAAAAGCAAGUGGUAUGGUGAUCAUAUACAAAUUAAUGCUGUAUGUCUUUUUUAAUCUGUAUUUAUAAGUAUUUUAACAUUUUAUAAUUUUGGAUUUAGUUUUAAGUUUUAUUGUGAUACUUAUUGGUUUUUGCAUAUUGGCCCACAGCUAAGUCAUGGAAUCAUAAAAAUGUCGAGCUGGAAGGGACCUUGAGAGAUCAUCUAGUCCAGCCCCCCAUGCUGAGGCAGGACCAAGUAAACCUAGACCAUCCCUGGCAGGUGUUUGUCCAACUUGUUCUUAAAAACCUCCAAGGAUGGGGAUUCCACAGCCUCCCUUGGAAGCCUAUUCCAGAGCUUAACUACCCUUAGAGCUAGAAAGUUUUUCUUAAUAUCUAACCUACAUCUCCAUUGCUGCAGAUUAAGCCCAUUGCUUCUUGUUCUACCCCCAGUGGACAUGGAGAACAAUUGAUAGCUAUUAAUAAACUUUCUCUGCCAUACCAGUUAUGUAUAUUACUACAGUACCAUAACUAUUCAGCACACUUCAUCUGUUGUAUAGUACCAGGCACAUUAAUGGUGAAAAUUAUCUGUAUUAAAUAACCAAAUUCAAUAAAGCAACAAAACAUCUGUUGAUUUUGGAGAAGGGAAAUAUAGUAGUUUGAGGAUUUUUUUUAAAAAGAGAAGCAUCAUUACAAUUUUACAAAGUUUUUCUAUGGUAAGAAACAAAACUCAAGAAGUUCUAACACUGUGGAAGGCUAAAUUAUUUAAGAAACUGUACUGCUUAUUGUUACAUCCUCCUGUUACUUAGUUUUAGGAUUUACAUGUAUACUGAUUUCCUAAUGUCAUUUGUUUGAACAUAUAGUUUUUAUAUUUUAACUUAUUAAUUUUGAAAAGACAAACACUCAGCACAAAUAUCUUAAUUGUACUGAUUCAUUGUCUGUUUUUAUUGCACUUACUACAAUACAGUGACUUCUAUAAAGAAUUCUUGAAGUUUG